AUGGAAGCUAGUACAUAUGAAUAUAGACGCACAAUGAAUCGAUUUAUUGACAACAGCUUCGAUACUAAAAACCUGUCACCUAUUUGUGGUUAUUGGGCUGAAAAACUUGUUUCGUUGGAAGAAGCUCUGCAGCCAUUUGUGACUUCCAUUGACCAAUUGGAUCGCUCGAUAAAAGCAGCGAAAAAAUAUUGUCAUUUUCCAUCCGAACAUGGUUUGACUCAAGAUGAAUCGGCCGCGUUGUAUUUGUAUACGAUGGAAGGAGGCGAGAAUAGUUUCUAUCGAAUGUUGAAUCAAGCGUUGAGAUCAGAAGAUCGACAUGGAUUAAAAAUCUGGUUUCCGUACUUGAAAUUAUUCGAUACGGCUCUGACCAAAUUACCAACCGUGCAGAGAAAUGUCUGGCGUGGAGUAAUCGGNCAUUUUCCAUCCGAACAUGGUUUGACUCAAGAUGAAUCGGCCGCGUUGUAUUUGUAUACGAUGGAAGGAGGCGAGAAUAGUUUCUAUCGAAUGUUGAAUCAAGCGUUGAGAUCAGAAGAUCGACAUGGAUUAAAAAUCUGGUUUCCGUACUUGAAAUUAUUCGAUACGGCUCUGACCAAAUUACCAACCGUGCAGAGAAAUGUCUGGCGUGGAGUAAUCGGGGAUUUCCGUCAAGAUUUGAAGAAAAAUGAAGUGUUGACCUGGUGGAAUGUCAGUUCAUGUUCAUCAUCAGUUGAUAUUAUCAAAGAUUUCUUAUCGAGUGAAACUAAAUCAACUCUUUUCCUGAUUGAAGCGAUAAAUGGCAAAGAUAUUUCUCUUUAUACAAAUUAUGCUGAUGAAGAAGAAAUCUUGCUCGCUCCGGGUGUUCAGUUACGUAUUGUCGCGCAUGCAAUGAAUCUUCCGGGUGGAUUAAAUGUUGUUCAUCUGGCAGAAAUUAAUGAUGAUGACCAGCAUUCCACAAUGCUGACAGCAGUAUCUGAAAGAAGCGAAUCAAGUCAAGUCGAGCAAUCGAAAGGUGUCACAUUAGUUUUGAAAAAAAUGCGGUCUGCACCUCAACAUUCACUGUUACANCAUUUUCCAUCCGAACAUGGUUUGACUCAAGAUGAGUCGGCCGCCUUGUAUUUGUAUACGAUGGAAGGAGGCGAGAAUAGUUUCUAUCGAAUGUUGAAUCAAGCGUUGAGAUCAGAAGAUCGACAUGGAUUAAAAAUCUGGUUUCCGUACUUGAAAUUAUUCGAUACGGCUCUGACCAAAUUACCAACCGUGCAGAGAAAUGUCUGGCGUGGAGUAAUCGGAGAUUUCGGUCAAGAUUUGAAGAAAAAUGAAGUGUUGACCUGGUGGAAUGUCAGCUCAUGUUCAUCAUCAGUUGAUAUUAUCAAAGAUUUCUUAUCGAGUGAAACUAAAUCAACUCUUUUCCUGAUUGAAGCAAUAAAUGGCAAGGAUAUUUCUCUUUAUACAAAUUAUACUGAUGAAGAAGAAAUCUUGCUCGCUCCGGGUGUUCAGUUACGUGUUGUCGCACAUGCAAUGAACCUUCCAGGUGGAUUAAAUGUUGUUCAUCUGGCAGAAAUUAAUGAUGAUGACCAGCAUUCCACAAUGCUGACAACAGUAUCUGAAAGAAGCGAGUCAAGUCAAGUCGAGCAAUCGAAAGGUGUCACAUUAGCUUUGAAAAAAAUGCGUUCUGCACCUCAACGUUCACGUAAAUCUACGCUUUUCUAA